AUGUUCCAACUCAAGUCUACAGUCUUGUGUCUUGACUCAUCAGAUAAAACAGUUACUGGCAUAGGUAUUGGUUGCUGGCGCAUUACUACUACCAAGAAACCUAUAUGUAAUGCUGGCGAACUUGAUAGUAUCGCCAAGCGAGUCACUAUUCCACUCCCAGAAAUGCUAUUUGGCAACAAUAGUUUAAAGCUUGAGCAUUCGUCUGGUAUUGUUUUUGAAUUCAAUGCCGUCGAUGCAUUGGAGUUGGUUGAUGCAUCUCCCGAAGCUGCUGACAAGAUCAAAGUCGCUUGCUCAGAGCAGUGGACAAAGACCAGCUCAAAAGAGCAUGAAAAGAUUCAUCAUGUCAUCAAACCUUACGAUUGGACCUACACUACGAAUCACAAGGGAAAAUUGUAUCAAACAGAAUCUGCUGCAAAUCAUUACACAUCUGGUGAUCCAGUGCAGUUCCAACCGUCUGAAGUGGGGAUCAAUAUAAAGAAACUGAUGGAACCAGAGCCUAUUGGGUUUCAUAACGAAUUGAUCUUGUUUGAGGAUGAGCUAGCUGAUAAUGGCAUCGCAAUCCUGAAUGUCCGCGUGAGAGUCAUGCCUACUUGCUUCUUUGUUCUUCAACGCUUUUUUAUGAGAGUGGAUGGUGUUCUUUUUCGUAUCCAUGACACAAGGGUAUAUCAUGAGUUUGCCAGUGAUGCACUCAUUCGUGAAUACACAACUUGGGAAGCUUCUUAUGAUGUUGUUAAACAGGUAAAUAGGCUUACACGCCAACUGAAAUUCCAUCCAUGA